ACUUGCAGCCAUUUUCUGCUCUUUGUGUGGGGUGGAUUAUUCGGCUGUGCGCUGAGAGAAACGAGAGCAUCAAUCGGGGAAAAGGCCAGGAAAACUUCAAUAAAACAUUGGAUUUUCGUCGCACAGUGAGACAUUGUCCGCCCUAAUUAUCCUGGACGGACAUGCAAGUUGAAGACUGGCCGGUUGUGUGAGUGACCUCUUGUAACCAUGACGACCCACGUGACUCUGGAGGAUGCUCUGUCUAACGUGGAUCUGUUGGAGGAGCUGCCCCUCCCUGACCAGCAGCCCUGCAUCGAACCUCCGCCUUCAUCCAUCAUGUACCAGGCUAACUUCGAUACCAACUUUGAGGACAGGAAUGCGUUUGUGACGGGGAUAGCUCGCUACAUCGAGCAGGCAACUGUCCAUUCUAGCAUGAAUGAGAUGCUGGAGGAGGGCCAUGAGUAUGCUGUCAUGCUCUACACCUGGAGAAGCUGCUCAAGAGCUAUACCACAGGUGAAGUGUAAUGAGCAGCCCAACAGGGUGGAGAUCUAUGAGAAGACUGUGGAGGUGCUGGAACCAGAGGUCACCAAGCUCAUGAAGUUCAUGUACUUUCAGCGUAAGGCCAUCGAGCGUUUCUGCGGGGAGGUGAAGCGUCUCUGCCACGCUGAGCGGAGGAAGGACUUUGUCUCUGAAGCCUACCUCCUCACCCUGGGCAAGUUCAUCAACAUGUUCGCUGUGCUCGACGAACUCAAGAACAUGAAGUGCAGCGUCAAGAACGACCACUCUGCCUACAAAAGGGCAGCUCAGUUCCUGAGGAAGAUGGCCGACCCUCAGUCCAUCCAGGAGUCACAGAACCUCUCCAUGUUUCUAGCCAAUCACAACAGGAUUACUCAGUGUCUGCAGCAGCAGUUGGAGGUGAUUCCUGGCUAUGAAGAGUUGUUAGCAGACAUUGUCAACAUCAGUGUUGAUUACUAUGAGAACAAAAUGUACCUGACACCCAGCGAGAAACACAUGCUGCUCAAGGUGAUGGGUUUUGGUCUCUAUCUGAUGGACGGUAACGUCAGUAACAUCUACAAACUAGACGCCAAGAAGAGGAUCAACCUGGGAAAGAUCGACAAGUUCUUCAAGCUGCAGGUGGUGCCUCUGUUUGGAGAUAUGCAGAUAGAACUAUCACGUUACAUAGAGACCAGCGCCCACUACGAGGAGAACAAGUCCAAGUGGACGUGUACCCAGAGCUCCAUCUCUCCCCAGUACAACCUGUGUGAGCAGAUGGUUCAGAUUCGUGAUGACCACAUCCGGUUCAUCUCGGAGCUGGCUCGCUACAGUAACAGUGAGGUAGUGACCGGGUCAGGCCUGGACAGUCACAAGUCAGACGAGGAGUACAGGGAACUGUUUGACCUGGCACUCAGAGGGUUACAGCUGCUGUCCAAGUGGAGCACACACGUCAUGGAAGUGUACUCGUGGAAGCUGGUCCACCCAACAGAUAAGUUCUGUAACAAGGACUGUCCUGGCACAGCGGAGGAGUAUGAGAGAGCUACACGUUACAACUACACCUCAGAGGAGAAGUUUGCCCUGGUCGAGGUCAUCGCCAUGAUCAAGGGACUGCAGGUGUUGAUGGGUCGUAUGGAGAGCGUAUUCAACCAGGCCAUAAGGAACACCAUCUAUGCAGCCCUGCAGGACUUUGCCCAGAUGACCCUCAGGGAGCCUCUACGUCAGGCCGUACGCAAGAAGAAGAACGUUCUCAUCAGUGUCCUGCAGGCGAUCCGUAAGACCAUAUGUGACUGGGAGGGGGCUCGGGAGCCUCCCAAUGACCCUUGUCUCAGGGGGGAGAAGGACCCCAAGGGAGGGUUCGACAUCAAGGUGCCCCGCAGAGCUGUGGGACCCUCGAGCACACAGCUGUACAUGGUUCGUACCAUGCUGGAGUCGUUGAUAGCUGAUAAGAGUGGUUCUAAGAAGACUCUACGCAGCAGUCUGGAUGGACCCAUAGUACUGGCUAUAGAAGACUUCCACAAACACUCCUUCUUCUUCACACACCUGCUCAACUUCAGCGAGGCGCUGCAGCACUGCUGUGACCUGUCUCAGCUGUGGUUCAGAGAGUUCUUCCUGGAGCUGACCAUGGGUCGCAGGAUCCAGUUCCCCAUCGAGAUGUCCAUGCCCUGGAUCCUCACAGACCACAUACUGGAGACCAAGGAGCCAUCCAUGAUGGAGUAUGUGUUGUACCCUCUGGACCUCUACAAUGACAGUGGCUACUACGCUCUGACCAAGUUCAAGAAACAGUUCCUCUACGAUGAGAUAGAGGCUGAGGUGAACCUGUGCUUCGAUCAGUUUGUCUACAAGCUGGCUGAUCAGAUAUUUGCCUACUACAAAGCCAUGUCUGGAAGUGUCCUCCUGGACAAGCGUUUCAGGGCAGAGUGUAAAAACUAUGGUGUGAUCAUCCCCUACCCCCCCUCCAACCGUUAUGAGACCCUGCUCAAACAGAGACACGUACAGCUCCUAGGUCGCUCCAUCGAUCUGAACCGUCUGGUCACCCAGAGGAUCUCAGCAGCCAUGUACAAGUCUCUGGACCAGGCCAUCAGUCGCUUUGAGAGUGAAGACCUCACCUCCAUUGUGGAGUUGGAGUGGUUGAUGGACAUCAACAGACUGACUCAUCGUCUGCUCUCGAAGCACAUGACCCUGGACAGCUUCGACGCCAUGUUCCGUGAGGCCAACCACAAUGUGUCUGCCCCCUACGGACGCAUCACGCUCCAUGUCUUCUGGGAACUCAACUUUGACUUCCUCCCCAACUACUGCUACAACGGCUCCACCAACCGCUUCGUUCGGACUGCCAUCCCCUUUACCCAGGAGCCUCAGCGAGACAAGCCUGCCAACGUGCAGCCAUACUACCUGUAUGGGUCUAAGCCUCUGAACAUUGCCUACUCACACAUCUAUAGCUCCUACAGGAACUUCGUAGGCCCGCCCCACUUCAAGACCAUCUGUCGUCUCCUUGGUUACCAGGGCAUCGCCGUGGUGAUGGAGGAAUUGCUCAAGAUAGUCAAGAGCCUGUUGCAGGGCACUAUCCUGCAGUAUGUGAAGACUCUGAUCGAGGUGAUGCCUAAGAUCUGUCGCCUGCCGCGCCACGAGUACGGAUCCCCAGGUAUCCUGGAGUUCUUCCACCACCAGCUGAAGGACAUUAUAGAGUACGCAGAGCUGAAGACGGACGUCUUCCAGAGUCUCAGAGAGGUGGGGAACGCCAUCCUCUUCUGUCUGCUCAUCGAACAAGCUCUGUCCCAGGAGGAGGUGUGUGACUUGCUUCAUGCAGCUCCCUUCCAGAACAUCCUCCCCAGGGUCUACAUCAAAGAGGGGGAGCGUCUGGAAGUCAGGAUGAAGAGGCUGGAGGCUAAGUAUGCUCCACUCCAUCUGGUGCCCCUCAUCGAGAGGCUGGGGACCCCUCAGCAAAUAGCUAUAGCCCGUGAGGGGGAUCUGUUGACCAAGGAGCGUCUUUGCUGUGGCCUGUCCAUGUUCGAGGUGAUCCUUACAAGGAUCCGUAGUUUCCUGCAGGACGCCGUGUGGCGAGGCCCGCCUCCCACCAAUGGCGUGAUGCAUGUGGACGAGUGUAUGGAGUUCCACCGCCUCUGGAGCGCCAUGCAGUUUGUUUACUGCAUACCCGUCGGCACUCACGAGUUCACCGCAGAGCAGUGUUUUGGUGAUGGGCUGAACUGGGCAGGCUGUUCCAUCAUCGUGCUGUUGGGUCAGCAGCGCCGCUUCGACCUGUUUGACUUCUGCUACCACCUGCUCAAGGUGCAGAGGCAGGACAGCAAGGAUGAGAUCAUCAAGAACGUGCCACUGAAGAAGAUGGCUGACCGCAUCAGGAAGUACCAGAUCCUGAACAAUGAGAUCUUUGCCAUCCUCAACAAGUACAUGAAGGCUGUGGAGACCGAUAGUUCCACCGUGGAGCAUGUCCGCUGCUUCCAGCCACCUAUACACCAGUCCCUGGCCACAACAUGCUGAGAAGAACUCACACAUGCUACAAACACACGCUACACACAUAAGCCACACAUGUCCCACAAACUACACAUACACACACACACCAACCCAAAUCAUCACCACACAGUCUGCCUCUCUUUGGCCUUGUACUCAGACUCUCAGAGCCUUAAGAUUCCAGAGGUCUGUCUGACUAUACACCAUUUUGGCACCAAAUAUUCCAUACAAAUGACAUUCCAAUUUGCAUUCUAGAAUGCAACUGUCUUGGAACUUUUCGUGUCAACAUGGCGCCCAUUAAAAAGUGUAAAUCUCGAACUGAGUUUUCUGAAGUCUGAAUAUUUUAGGCCCAUAACCACAGUCUAGUUUUAGAGGUGUGGGUGUUUUCAGAUGUUAGUUUUUCUGUUCCCAACCCAUGUGACUCUCACACCGAGACUCAGCAUCCGUUCUCCUGUCACUAGAGCUAUAUGUCACAUGGAUGGGCUCAGUAAUACACAACUGCCAAUACUGAGUGGUUACAGAUCUGCAGUAUUGCCCUGCUUCCCCUCUAGUCACAAUGAACAGUCUAUCAGAUACCUCUGAGAAACCAUUUAGUGAGCAUCAACAAUCAACCUACAUAAAAUAUGAUAGAUAUGCUGGAAUAAUCUCCAAAACCUCAAUGCAUACAAGUAAUCUGAUUCUGAAAUGACCUAUAACCUGAGAUUAUUAUUUCGUAGUUGACGUACGAAAGCAAACCCAACCGCCAUUUUAUUGAAUUGCUUCAUGAAGUCCACACGGGUGCUAAGUAUUAUGAUGAUACUUAAUUACACCAAAGUCAUCAGUGGCAUUUCACCCCAUAACAUCCAUAAUAUGAUCAUCACACAAGUCAAGCUGUCCAUUCAUUCAUCCCAGAGGCUAACAUGUGUGUGUGUGUCCCAAACGGCACCCUAUUCCCUAUAUAGUGCACUACUUUUGACAAGCUCCUAUAAGGAAUAGGGUGCCAUUUGGAUGUAGCCCCACAUCUCCCUGGACAUACCCAUGCUUAGUAAACCAGUGUCAUAGGAGUAGUUAGCCACACCUCUUCUCUCCUCACACAACCCUACGGUUUCAAAUAGCAUAACAAGGACACUUGACUGCAUACCAAGGACACGUGACUGCAUAACAAGGACACUUGACUGCAUACCAAGGACACGUGACUGCAUAACAAGGACACGUGACUGCAUAACAAGGACACUUGACUGCAUAACAAGGACACUUGACUGCAUAACAAGGACACUUGACUGCAUAACAAGGACACGUGACUGCAUACCAAGGACACGUGACUGCAUACCAAGGACACGUGACUGCAUACCAAGGACACGUGACUGCAUACCAAGGACACGUGACUGCAUACCAAGGACAUGUGACUGCAUACCAAGGACAUGUGACUGCAUACCAAGGACACUUGACUGCAUAACAAGGACACUUGACUGCAUAACAAGGACACUUGACUGCAUAACAAGGACACGUGACUGCAUACCAAGGACACUUGACUGCAUAACAAGGACACGUGACUGCAUAACAAGGACACUUGACUGCAUAACAAGGACACGUGACUGCAUAACAAGAACACUUGACUGCAUAACAAGGACACGUGACUGCAUAACAAGGACACUUGACUGCAUAACAAGGACACGUGACUGCAUAACAAGGACACGUGACUGCAUAACAAGGACACUUGACUGCAUAACAAGGACACGUGACUGCAUAACAAGGACACGUGACUGCAUAACAAGGACACUUGACUGCAUAACAAGGACACUUGACUGCAUACCAAGGACACGUGACUGCAUAACAAGGACACGUGACUGCAUAACAAGGACACGUGACUGCAUAACAAGGACACUUGACUGCAUAACAAGGACACUUGACUGCAUAACAAGGACACUUGACUGCAUACCAAGGACACGUGACUGCAUAACAAGGACACGUGACUGCAUACCAAGGACACGUGACUGCAUAACAAGGACACGUGACUGCAUAACAAGGACACGUGACUGCUUUUCUUAGUUGCUUUAUUUAUUUUUCACUUAUUUGGGGGGUUUUAGCCUCUGAGUAUAAUUUUUAUUCAGUUCCAUUCUCCGUUGGAAAUGUCACUGUUGAACUAAAAAGAGAAGUGUUGAGUGUUGUAACUGUUAUUGUUGUUAAUUCAUUAUUGAUAAUUACAUUCUUCAUCCUUGGUAUAACUCUCCUCUUCUACUGACGAGAAUCCUAAUCCUCACCUACUUUUUGAUUUCUCUCUGUCUUGUCAGUUUAUUGAACAUUUUUAUAUUCUGUAUGUGUGCUUAAUACAGUGAUAUUGUUUACCAUUUUUGAAAUUAUUGACAACAUUUUCAUCUGCACGUGUGUGUUUUUUUGUUUUGUUUUUCCGGAGUAAAAAAAACGUUAGAAAUAAUUCUUGGUUGUCAAAUAACAAAAGAGACCAGGAUGAAUUUACUGUAUUAGAUUUGUUCAGAGAGUGAAUGGAAGAUGUUGGGAGUAUCACACGACCAAUCCAACUCCUGUACAGUUCAUUCCCUCUAUAGAAGAAGAAUUAAAGCAAUCAAUAAGUUGCAUUUUCACUGUUUAGGUACGAAUUACACACAAGAGAUGGAGGGCGAUUUCCUAAAUAUAUUAAAUAUUCCAUAUUAUUGGAUUUUUUUUUUCUCGAGAUCGAGAGAGGGCAAUUUCCUAAAUAUAUUCCAUAUUGUUGGAUUUUUUUUCUUUAGCAGUGUUAUCAGUCCUUUGACCCUGUUUUGUAUUCUUAUGAAGGAAAGUUAAUCGUUACACCCAUGAAGGAGCGACCAUAUUUUCAGUUUGAAUAAAAAAACUAAAUGAAGUUUAGUUUCCUGUAAUUGUUCCAAUUGUCCUUUUUUAAAUUAUCUUUAUCCACACAACUACACCUUAAUGUUCAUUGAAUGGGUGAAUCUAUUGAUAAGUAAAAGUUAUCAGUGCAUCAUUUUCCAACAUGUUAGCAUGACAAGAAGAGCGAUAUAUUGUAAAGGGUACGUUUGUGACAGGCUUUUGUUCAUGAUAUUGUUGUACAAGUGAUCAUGUUUUGAGAUACAAAAAAGGAGUAAAAGAGAAUAUAAAGAUGUACAACGAAUGGUCCUGCAAAAGGAAAUUAAAUUGUAUUUCCAUGAAAUAAAAAAUGUGUUAACU